UCUAGAUUUUUUUGCCAUGGAUCUGCUUAGCUUAGAGGAAUGUCUGCUCAUAGCCCAAAGAACUCUAACAAAAAGUGAUAAAUCCCAUUUAAAGAUUCUUAAAUCUGAGCUAGAUUUAGGCUCUAAUGAUUUAAUGGGCUACAUGGGAGAGUACUACAAAUUUCGCUUAAUAGUUGAAGAUACCUUAAAGCAAGAGAUUUAUAAACCGGAAUAUUUUAUUAAAAGUUUGCCACGCAAAAAUAUACCCCAGAGAGAGGAAUGUGAACGCAAAGGAGUGUUCCUUAAGGAGUCUUCUCUAUAUACAAAUAUACUGCCAAAUGUACAGAAAUAUGCCACAAAAAAACUCUUUCCCAAGUGUUAUUACAGUCGGAAUGAUAUUUUAGUGCUAGAAGAUCUUACCCAAAAUUACAGACACCUUAAAACCUCGGAAAUCUAUACAAUAAACCAUUAUAAACGUUUGGAACACUUGGCAGAACUACAUGCCUCUAGUAUAGCCUGGGAGGAGAAGGAGCACUUAAAUAUCCAAGAAAACUACAAAGAUGUCUAUGAAUUGCUUUUAAGUGCUGAUAAUUCCUGGUUCAUUACGGGACUUAAGGCCAUAGUAUUCCUAGCAGCCCGUCAUCACAAAUAUCAAAAUGCACAAGCUCAGAGUUUUAUACAGAAUAAGCUCUUUAAUCUUUUAACCAAAUCUGAGGAAUUUGUGGCACCGUCAAAGACCAUAAGAAAUGUGCUUUGCCAUCGUGAUACCUGGGAUAGGAAUAUAUUAUUUCAGUUUGAAAAGGACACCUCAGUUUUGCCCAAAGCCUGUUGCAUUGUGGAUUUUCAGCUGACAAAAUAUUGUUCUCCUGCUUUGGAUGUUUUAUUUCUACUUUAUAUAGUGGCCCCAGCGGAAGUGAGGAAAGAAAUCUAUGAAGAGUGUCUGGAGCAUUACCACAAAUCCUUGGAGUCUCACCUCAUAAGAUUAGGUUUAUCUGCAGAUAUUAUAACCAGAGAAAACUUCCUAAAGGAGUGUCAAAAAAUGCGUUUGGCUGCCUUAAUUAUUUGGGCUUUGACAGAACCUCAGACCAAAAUGUCGGUCAGUGUUUCAAAUAACCUGAGAGCUGCAGAGCCCGAAAAAUUCGAUUAUUAUCUCAAUUGUGAUCGCAGUGAAUUGUUACUAAGGGUAAUGGAGAUACAACCGGGCUACGAGGAGACUAUCAUGUUGCCCAUACAAGAGCUAGUGGAUUAUCUCAGGGAGAAUGAGAAUUUAUAUGCCUAGAA